UCUGAGAUAUAAAUACUUCAUUAGAAUGGAUGAUCCGCCCCAGACACAAAUAUCAUAAACCAACCUCGAAUGUAUAUUUGCAAAGUAAAUUUGACAAAGAUGGUGAGGCAUUGCGAAAAUUGCAAGAAGGCGCAAGACCACAGCAAACUUUAAAAAAUUGUGUUCAACAAAGUUCGCAUAAAACCAACCAAAUGCAGUUUAACGAAGAUUUAUGGAAAGCAAUGAUUUCAACAGAUAUGCCCUUAAAUAAAUUAAAUAAUGUAAAUUUAAAAUCAUUUUUGCAAAAUUAUUGCAAGUUCAAUGUACCAGAUGAAUCUACACUAAGAAAAAAGCAUGUCUAUUGUAUAUAUAAAGACACAAAUGAUGUGUAUAAAAAAUAUUAUAUCUGAUA